CACUUACGAAAUGCGUCUCACAGUCGUCUCUGGUCUUGCCUAUGCGUGCGGAGCCCUCGCGGCGUCCAGCAGCGUCGGCUCGUACAUCGCUUCCGAGUCGCCGGUCGCGAAGGCCGGCGUGCUCGCCAACAUCGGUGCGGGCGGCUCAAAGUCGUCUGGUGCUUAUUCCGGCGUUGUGAUCGCCAGUCCCAGCACGUCCAACCCGGACUACUUGUACACCUGGACGCGCGACUCGUCGCUGACGUUCAAAGCGCUCAUCGACCAGUACACGUCCGGCGAGGACACCUCGCUGCGCACGCUGAUCGACGAGUUCGUCUCCGCCGAGGCGACCCUGCAGCAGGUCACGAACCCCAGCGGCAGCGUGAGCACCGGCGGACUCGGCGAGCCGAAGUUCAACAUCAAUGAGACAGCAUUCACUGGAGCCUGGGGCAGGCCGCAGCGCGAUGGCCCCGCUCUGCGUGCGACGGCCGUCAUGUCGUACGCGACGUACCUAUAUAACAGUGGAAACACGACGUAUGUCACCGACACGCUCUGGCCCAUCAUUGAGCUCGACCUCAACUAUGUUGCGGGUAACUGGAACCAGUCAACCUUUGACUUAUGGGAGGAAGUGGAUUCGUCCUCGUUCUUCACUACCGCUGUUCAGCACCGUUCCCUUCGGCAAGGAAUCAUCUUCGCGAACUUGAUCGGCCAAACCUCUGUAGUUUCCAACUACGAGACACAGGCCGAGGCUCUUCUGUGUUUUCUGCAGUCAUACUGGAACCCUACUGACAAUUACGUGACCGCGAACACUGGCGGUGGACGCUCCGGUAAGGAUGCCAACACCGUCUUGGCUUCGAUUCACACAUUCGACCUGGACGCCGGCUGCGACGCGACGACCUUCCAGCCGUGCUCGGACAAGGCGCUCUCGAACCUCAAGGUCUAUGUCGACUCGUUCCGGUCGAUCUACACCAUCAAUGAUGACAUCUCAUCCGACGCAGCCGUCGCGACCGGGCGGUACCCCGAGGACACAUACUAUAAUGGAAACCCGUGGUACCUAUGCACGCUCGCCGUCGCUGAGCAGCUGUACGACGCGCUCAUUGUGUGGGACGCACAGGACUACCUCGAGGUGACGAGCACGUCGCUCGCGUUCUUCCAGCAGUUCGACUCGUCUGUCGCCGCGGGGACGUACGACUCGAGCACGAGCACGUACAGCACGCUCACGAGCGCGGUCAAGAGCUUCGCAGACGGCUUCACGCUCAUCGUCGCGAACUAUACCCCGUCCGACGGGGAACUGAGCGAGCAGUACUCCAAGUCGGACGGGAGCCAGACGAGCGCAGUGGACCUGACGUGGAGCUACGCGUCGGCGCUGACAGCGUUCGCCGCUGAGGCCGGGACAUCGUACGGCAGCUGGGGCGCAGCGAACCUGUCGACAUCGUCGUGCCCGAGCACGAGCGGCGUGUCUGUGACGUUCGAGGUUGAGUACGACACGGAAUAUGGAGAGAAUCUGUACAUCACCGGGUCCGUUUCAGAAUUGGAGGACUGGUCGGCCGACGACGCCCUGAUCAUGUCCUCCGCGAACUACCCGACAUGGAGCAUCACAGUGACCUUGCCUGCGAGCACGGCCAUCCAGUACAAGUAUCUGACGAAGUACAACGGUGACGUCACCUGGGAGGACGACCCGAACAACGAGAUCACGACACCCGCGAGCGGAAGCGUGACGCAGUCGGAUAGCUGGCAUUGAAUGAGGCGAGACUCUAGACUUCCUUCGCGAAGUCUGGGUGUCCGAAGGCCUGUCUGACAACUUUACUAACAGCUAUGGACAAGCUGUGCCAAAUUAGAAAGAAUGCUCAAAUGUAGUGCCAUCCUACUGUGUGUCCUGGCCUUCCGAGGUCAGACUAUUAUUACGGUUGUGUGAUUUGUUCGUUACUUGCACGCUCAUCGCGGCGCUGAUUGAUUCACGUGGGAUAGUGCGUGGAC